UCUCUCUCUCUCUCUCUUUCUUUCUCUCUCCCCUUUUUCCCUUCUCGCGUCUCUCCAUCUCUCUCUUUUUUUUCCUUCUUUGGGUGGUUUUCUUUCGACCCUCUCUACGCCUGGUUUCGUUUCCCGCUUUUCGGUAGAUAAAAGCGGUUUCGGCCGAAGGUGGCCGGAUUUGGUCCGCAGGGAAGCGGUUUCGGCUCGAAUCUCGCGGGAGGAGGAAGCGGAUCGGUCCAGAAGGGCGAUAUUCGGCCGGUUCGGUGGUGGUUUCCCUGCUAGAAAGGCGGGUUUUUGUAGGUACAAGCGGCGAUCUAGUAGAACUGGAGGGUGGAAAUAAAGGCUUUUUCUGUGGGGAUCUUUGGUGUGACUUAAUGGCGACAGAAGUGCAAGCUGAUAAAACUUUGGAUGAAAGGUUCCAAAAUUUGAAGAUUGAUACUUCUAAAGUUGCUGAUUCCAAAAUGGGUGCUGCCAAGAAUGGAAGUCAGUGUGAUGCAAUCUCUUGUCUAUCCUCAUCUGGAGAUGCUACUAGCAGCAUCAAGGGUAGUGAUGUCGAUCAGGAAUCUGUAAGUACUGAACAGUGCAUGUACUAUCCUGCAAGCAAUUACUAUGGAUAUUAUUACCCAGGAUUUGAUGGCUCCUCCUUUGGGGAGUGGGAUGAUCAAGCCUAUAUUCUUGGUGGUGAUGGAGUUGAAUUUCAAUAUCCUGGUGUUCAAGCGGAAAAUGGGUCAGUUCUUUACUAUAUCCCAGGAUAUGGAUGUGGCCAACCUCCAUUAAGUCCGUACAUGCCAGCACCUGUGAUUGGUGUUGAUGGCCAAUUUUUAGGCCAACAGCCGUAUUUCUCAAGCCACAUGUAUCCUCAACUUGCUUCUCCUGGGUACCUUCCGCCUCCAGUCCCGUAUGGGUCUGAAGUUGUGCCAGCUUAUUCCUGGGAUCCAUCUCCUUUCUUUCUUGACGGGUCACAAAUAAAUGGCAUCAGUGGAGGUCCAGUGCCUCCCGGUCCAAAGCCCACUCUUUCUGCCCCAAAUGCAUCUUCCGUCUCUUCUCAUGGGAAACCCACGCAGUCUGUGAAGUCAAGUACAGCAUUAGAGGCUAAAGCCUCACCACCGUCAUUGGAUCUGCCGCCCAGCCAAGGAAGCAUAACUGUGGGUGGUGUUCAUAAUCAACCUUUAAAGCCUGGAAACAAGGUACCACAGCAGGGAGCUGGUUUUCAGCCUACAGCGGUUCUGCCUAAAGGAUAUUUGCCUAUUGCCAAGUUCCCAGCAUAUGCCAGCCCUACUAAGGGAGGACUGAUCUACCCACCUGGUCCUGUGGGUUUUAAAUCUAGUAACCGAGGUUGGAGUGGGAAUGAAAAGCUCAAAACGAGAAUUAAAACAUCUGGGAUUGGUGACUUUGACCUGCUGAAUGAACAGAACCGAGGGCCUAGAACCAAUAACGGCAGGAACUCUUGGGUGUCGGAUGCAGAUGCAGUUGCAUGUUUGGGAUCUGACAAUAGCAACAAGAGCAAUAAUCUAAAUGUUGUCAUAAGGAGGGACCAAUAUAACCUCUCUGAUUUUCCUGUGAAGUAUGAGCAGGCAUCGUUUUUUGUGAUCAAAUCCUACAGUGAGGAUGAUAUUCAUAAGAGCAUCAAGUACAGUGUUUGGGCAAGUACUCCAAAUGGCAAUAAGAGGCUUGACAGUGCAUACCAAGAAGCUCAGGGUCGAUCUGAAGAAAAAGGAAGCAAAUGUCCGGUGUUCCUUUUUUUCUCGGUGAAUGCAAGUGGUCAAUUUUGUGGAGUCGCUGAGAUGAUUGGGAGGGUGAAUUUUAACAAAAACAUGGACUUUUGGCAACAAGACAAAUGGAAUGGUUUUUUCCCUGUCAAGUGGCACAUAAUAAAAGAUGUGCCGAAUCAACAGUUCCGGCACAUCAUACUGGAAAAUAAUGACAACAAGCCUGUGACAAAUAGUAGGGACACUCAGGAGGUGAAAUAUCCUCAAGGAAUUGAAAUGCUUGGACUUUUCAAAACCUAUUCAGCAAAGACGUCCAUACUUGAUGACUUCGAUUUUUAUGAAAGUCGGCAGAAGGCAAUGCAGGACAAGAGGACUCGCCCACCUACUCCUCAUUUGGAGCCAGCACAGCCAAAACCAGAUGAAGUUGUACCAGCGACAGCAAAGCCAGGUGAUUCAAGGCCCAUUGCUGCCGGUGAUGGUCAACCGAGGGUUUCGGCUACGUCAAAGAGGAGCAAAGACGGACAGGCUUCUGAUACGGAAAUAAAAGUCUGAAUGGAAAGUUGCUGAAUGAAAUGAAGGUGGGUUUUGAUAUGAAGCAGCUGGAGGAGCAUUCCAUCACUGGCUGGGUAAAUAUGUCUCGAUGAAUCAUGUUCUCUAGCGGCAAAGUGUAACAUAAGGAGAAAAGGGAAAAAAAAAAUAUCAAGAUUCAGAGCCUUCGUCUGCGUGGAUCUAGUUCUUGACGGGGAGGGCUUGUACCCGGUGAUCUGGUCCUUCUUUUUCUGUUUUUCUUUUUUUGGGUCCUAUGCGUUUCAUCUUGAUUAUUCUCUUUCUGUUAUUCUGGUGGGUAGGAGUUAAGGAUUUAGCUUCUAUUAACGUGUGGGAGGGGUGGGUGGGUGCGUGAAACGAGUGAUGUUUUGUCUUAGGAUUUAGCACAAGGGGGGGUUUUUUGGUUUUGGGAAUUAUCUUGUGCUGUUGGGUUGUUUCUUGGGGGUAGGAAGAAGAAGAGGCUUCUUCCAGUCGGUUGGCGGCCUUUUUUGCACGGGAAAAGGUGUUUGUAAGGAUGGAGGAAAAAAAGGCACAGCUGAAAAAUGGCAGAAUCAUAAUGAUGAAAAUAAAAAAUUGGUGCACACCAUUCUCCUUUGGCGACAAGUUUCUGAUAUUGGGCCCCAGAGGGAGAAGGGUGAGUUCCAAUUAUUGAUUUUA